AAUCGAACAUUUUCAUGAAAUAACGUCAACAAUUUGGUUCCACUUUGUUCCAGGAUGCUAGAAUUGAACGGAUUAAGCAUAGAGAAACUUCCAGAGGGUGCGUUUGGGGAUGUCUCCUUCCAAGAAAUGUGGUUGCGGUAUAACCAAGUCCUUGCAAGCGUCCAUGCCACUGCUCUUCUCCCGUCGAAAACCCGGCUGGUGAAACUUUUUUUGGACUAUGGAAACGUGAAUUCCUUCCCGUUCGAUAUCCUCCCAGAGAUGACGGUCCUGAAAGAACUGAAAAUGGCCUUUAAUUCUUUGACCGGAGUCCCCGUCCUACAUAGCACCAGCCUGGAAAUUCUCGAUCUUGCCUACAAUCAGAUUCAGUCCUUGGAAGAAGGAGCCUGGUACUUGCCAAAACUCACAACUUUUCGUCUCGUUGGAAACGAACUGAUGACUCUCCCAGAAGGAAUGGUGUCCAACAUGGAGAGAUUGGUUUCCUUCGAAUGUCAGAUAAACCGCUUGGGGCCUACCCUCCCGAAGGACUUGCUGAAUUUUGCCAGCUCCACUUUGAAUUUAAUUAACCUGGCUGGCAACGGCAUCUCGAAAUUGGAACGAGGCGCCAUCACCGGUAAUCCUUUAACCUGCGGUUGUGACCUUGCCUGGCUGGUGAUAAAUGAGGGACUACGAUUUGAAGUCAAUGGAUAUUGUCGGGACAACGAAAUUCGUCUAAGAGAUCUGGAUCCUGAGGAUUUUUUAGAACCCUGCCCAUAACAUUGUUGAUCCCCGAAACUAGAGAAGCCACCUGUGAAAGAAAAUAAAAUGUCUAUUUUCCAUCGUUUGGUGACAAGUUUUCUCAGUCCUUCAUACCCUGACAACUCUCAUGUCACUUGAUUUGUACAUUUACACAUUCGCACAAUGCUCGAAGUGAUGUGCAUUCCAAACCGAACGGAAAGAAAAUAAAAAUUUUUUUUGGGAAGUAUGAAGUCAAAGUUGUUGCUGUGC